AUGACUGUAAAGGUGCAGCAGCAGAUUUGCCACUUUUCAAACAAAGCAAGUAGUAGUAGUAGUAGUAGUAGUAGUAGUAGUAGUAGUAGUAGUAGUAGUAGUAGUAGUAGUAGUAGUAGUAGUACAACACUAACUCAAGCAUCCACCCUCGCCGAUCCUCUACUGUCACAGCAAUAUAUCCCCUCUCCCCCCCGGCUCCUCCAGCCACUCCCCAGAGAACUCCUCACAGACCAGGUCACGCCAUACCCCGCAAACCAACCCCAACCCCAACCCCAAACCCAACCCCAGCCACAAUCCCAACCACAACCGCAACCCCAACCGCAACCGCAACCGCAACCGCAACCGCAACCGCCAUCCCAGAACCCAACAAUCCUAACUUCCAACGAACUCCUCACCCAAAUCAAAAACGGCAAGCGACUCCGCAGCCUCGGAAAGCCCCUGGGCGCUACAUUCCUCUGCAUCGCCAUCAUCGUGCUGCUGAUAGGGUUCCAUCGAUAUUUCGAGGGACAGUAUUGGGUUAUUCGUGGCAAGUUUCCCGCGAGUAGGGGCAGCAUUGCGCUUGUGGCGUUUAUUGCGGGCUCGUUGAUGGUCAGUAGUCUGGUGGUUAUUUUGAUGAUUUCGCAGGAGACGGUGGAGAAGUGA